ACGAAGCUGCUGCAGGAUGAUGAGGAUGUGAGGACAAAGAUUGCACCUAUGCGAAAACAAACAAUUAAUAACGACGGGUGGCUAACUAAUAACAUCAGUGUUUACCCUGUCUUAAAUUUGUCUAACCAAUGAAAACGCGAAACUUCCAUAAUAUCAUUCGCUGAGUGUUUUUUCCUCGCUAGUUAUGUUUUAUAGUCAGUAUGAGGUGACUGUCUCGUAGCAGUGACAAUGCUCCAGCCUUUCAGAACCGGCUUUUUCACAUUUUCUUCGUCACAUCAAUGACUAUGGACGUCCGAGCAGUGCUAGAGUUUGCCACAGCUACCAGGGGAUUGUCCCUGUUGUUGCAGGCUGUCUUCAAUGCUGUCAUCCCUGACCAUGAUGCUGAUGCAUUCAGGCCCCCACGGACAGAGGAGCCUAUGUUCUUGGACUCUUCAGUGGAGUGGUUGUUGGGAGGCCUGUCUCACUGGGAUGCUGAGCAUUUCCUCUUCAUCGCUGAGAGAGGAUACCUUUAUGAGCACAACUUUGCUUUCUUCCCCCUCUUCCCCAUCAUCCUCCGGGGCCUGGCAGAGACGCUGCUGUGGCCCCUGAGCAGCUGGCUGAGUGUGCGGGGGCGUCUGCUGGUGGCCGUGGCUCUGGGGAACACUGCCCUCUUCCUGUUGAGCGUGGUCGCCCUGUAUGCGCUCAGUAGGACGGUUCUUCAGGACAGACGACUUGCUCUGCUCUCCAGCCUGCUCUACUGCAUCACACCUGCCAACGUUUUUAUGACCGCUGGAUACUCAGAAAGCCUGUUUGCUGCACUCACAUUUGGCGGUCUGUACCUGCUGGAGAAAGGAUUCACCUUGCGAGCCUGCCUUGCUCUAAGUAUAGCCACUGCAGCACGAUCUAAUGGACUUGUUAACAUAGGAUUUCUACUGUAUCUUCCUUCACUGCAUGCUAUUACCCAGAUUCGUGUUUAUCGAACAACGACAAAAGGCCACAGUAAAGUCUUCCACUACAUUUGGGCCAUCAUCCGUCUCCUGCUUACAUCCCUCCUGGGAACUGCAAUUAUUGCUCUUCCCUUCUGUGCUUUCCAAUACUAUGGGUAUAGGACGUUUUGCACUCCUUCUGUCUCCUUGGAACAGAUCCCCCCUGCUCUUGUGUCUCUGGCUGAACUAAAGGGCUACCGGGUUCCAGAUGAAAAUGGUCCACCGCCUCUAUGGUGCAUGAGACCUCUGCCUCUGCUGUAUUCUCAUAUCCAGGAUGUUUAUUGGGAUGUGGGCUUCCUCCGCUACUUUGAGCUGAGGCAGAUACCGAACUUCAUUCUGGCUCUACCUAUGGCCACCCUCGGCAUUAUGGCAGCUUAUGCUUAUUUUCUAGCUAAUCCAGAACUGUGUUUUAGACUCGGUCUUUGGGACACAGGUGCACAUUUUGACAAGCCCACACCUGGAAUGUUUAACCCCAGAGUGUUUGUGUACAUUGUACAUUCAACGGUACUUCUGGUGUUCGGAACAUUGUGCAUGCACGUGCAGGUUCUAACCAGAUUCAUGGCCUCCUCGACUCCUGUGCCCUUCUGGAUAAGUGCUCACCUGCUCCUCCUCAAUGAGCCACUUCUUCAUCGAAGGAAAACAUCAAAUCCUAAUGUACAGCUACACACUCAUUCCAGCAAUGGAUGCCAGCACACACCUCAAAACCCCAUCAUUGCACUGCUACCAUACUUCAAAAGCUGUUCCUCCACAACACAGGGCAUCCUGGGAUACUUCCUCUCUUACUGGGUCCUGGGCCUGGCACUGCAUUGUAACUUCUUGCCAUGGACAUGACCAAAGACGGUACUCUGAGCUUUAAAUGCAACAUUUCUAUGUAGGACUGGGCUUAAACCAUAUUAUAAAUCAUAUGAUCACCAGUGUUUUACAGUACAUCGUCAAUACUCCUUUUUCACAAAGAACAUCAUUGUAUUGUAUACAUGAAUGCAACAUGUCAAUGUCUCACUUAUAAAAAAAAGAAAACUGAAAUCACUAACUGAAAUUUAUAGUUUUUUCAAAUUCUUAUUAUAAUUAUGUCACCAAGUCCUACAUAGAACCUAUGAACAUGAACACAUUUUUGAAGCCAAUUUAUUCAUGCAAUAGUCAACUGUUAUAUAGUCAAAUUCAAAUGUAAAAUAUUCCUUUAUUCAACACUGUUUAAUUGUACAUAUUGGGAAAACUAUGGUUUUACUUUAAAAAGAAAUAUUUGUAUUUCUUGCUGAUAUCUUGCUCUUUAAUUUAAUAUUGCACUGCAUGUUUGGAAGAAUUAUCCCAAGUUAUACGUUGGGAUUAUCGGAUGUGAAUGAAAAAAUAAAGAUUUUGUUGCUGUAAA